AUGCUUCCUCUUCUCAACUUGGUCCCAGUUUCCAAAUUUUCUUCAUUUCAUCAACGUGCUUACCAGUGUUUUUCAUCAGCUACAUCUUUUCUACAAAAAGAUACCAAUUUCAGCACUUUAUUCAACUCCUGUGUGAAUGUUAAUCUCACUAAACAGCUUCAUGCUCUUCUUAUAGUGUUUGGAAAAUCUCAAAAUGUUGUUCUAUCCACAAAGCUUAUUAAUUUGUAUGUUACUCUUGGUGAUAUCUCGUUAUCUCGCUCUACUUUUAACCACAUUAACAAGAAGAAUAUAUAUUCCUGGAACUCGAUUAUAUCGGCUUAUGUUCGAUUUGGCCGAUACAACGAAGCUAUGAAUUGUGUCAAUCAGUUAUUUUCCAAUGAUUUAAGGCCUGAUUUUUAUACUUUUCCUCCUAUAUUGAAAGCUUGUGUAGAUUUUGAUGAUGGGAAGAAAGUACAUUGUUGUGUUUUUAAGAUGGGUUUUGAGAAUGAUGUGUUUGUUGCUGCUUCGUUGAUUCAUUUGUAUUCGCGGUUUCGUGUUUUAGAUGUUGCCUACAAGGUGUUUGUUGAUAUGCCUGUGAGAGAUGUGGGUUCUUGGAAUGCGAUGAUUUCGGGGUUUUGUCAGAAUGGAGAUGCAGCCGGGGCGUUAGGUGUGUUGAAUAGGAUGAAAUGUGAGGGGAUGGAGAUGGAUACUGUUACGGUGUCGAGUAUACUUCCUGUUUGUGCACAAUCGGAGGAUAGUGUUAAUGGGGUGUUGAUUCAUUUGUAUGUGUUAAAGCAUGGGUUGGAUACUGAUGUUUUUGUUUCCAAUGCUUUGAUUAAUAUGUAUUCCAAGUUUGGUAGGUUGCGGGAUGCAGAGAGGGUUUUUGAUCAGAUGGAAGUGAGGGAUUUGGUAUCUUGGAAUUCUAUAAUUGCUGCAUAUGAGCAGAAUGAUGAUCCGAAGACUGCUCUUAGGUUUUUUAAAGGGAUGCAACUUGUUGGAAUACAGCCUGAUUUGUUGACGGUUGUGAGUUUGACGUCAAUAUUCAGUCAGUUAAGUGAUCAAAGGGUUGGCAGAUCUAUUCAUGGAUUUAUUAUGAGGCAUGAAUGGAUUGAGAAGGAUGUUGUGAUUGGCAAUGCACUUGUGAAUAUGUAUGCCAAGUUGGGAGAUAUGAACUGUGCACAUACACUUUUUGAUCAGCUUCCGAGAAAAGAUGUAAUUUCAUGGAACACGUUGAUCACAGGUUAUACUCAAAAUGGUCUUGCAAGUGAGUCAAUUGAUGCUUACAACAUGAUGGAAGAGUGUAUAAAUAUAGUCCCAAACCAAGGGACUUGGGUGAGCAUUAUACCAGCAUAUUCUCAUGUUGGAGCUUUGCAGCAAGGAAUGAAAAUUCAUGGGAGGCUGAUAAAAAACUCUCUCUACUUGGAUGUCUUUGUGGCUACCUGCCUAAUUGACAUGUAUGGAAAAUGUGGGAAGUUGGAAGAUGCAAUGUCUUUAUUUUACGAAAUUCCACGGGAAACUUCAGUUCCUUGGAAUGCCAUAAUAUCUUCUCUAGGGGUUCAUGGCCAUGGAGAAGAAGCUCUGCAACUUUUCAAAGACAUGCUAGCGGAAGGUGUAGAGGCAGAUCAUAUUACCUUUGUAUCUUUAUUGUCGGCUUGUAGCCAUUCGGGUUUAGUUGAUGAGGGCCAAAACUGUUUUGAUAUUAUGCAGAAAAAAUAUGGGAUCGAGCCUAGUUUGAAACAUUAUGGCUGCAUGGUUGAUUUACUUGGCAGAGCUGGAUAUUUGAAAAAAGCUUAUGAUUUAGUGAGAAAUAUGCCUGUAAAACCAGAUGCAUCCAUCUGGGGUGCUCUUCUCUCUGCUUGUAGAAUACAUGGAAAUGCAGAAUUAGGUACAUUAGCUUCAGAACGCUUAUUGGAAGUUGAUUCGGAGAAUGUUGGCUAUUAUGUUUUGUUGUCGAACAUCUAUGCAAAUACCGGAAAAUGGGAAGGAGUAGUUAAAGUAAGAUCCUUGGCCAGAGAUCGUGGAUUGAGGAAAACACCUGGGUGGAGCUCUGUUGUAGCUGGCAGUAAAGUUGAAGUCUUUUACACUGGGAACCAAACUCACCCAAAAUAUGCAGAGAUGUACAGAGAGUUAAGGGUUUUGAGUGCUAAAAUGAAGAAUCUUGGCUAUGUUCCAGACUAUAGUUUUGUCUUACAAGAUGUUGAAGAGGAUGAAAAGGAACAGAUUUUGAAUAGUCAUAGUGAGAGAUUGGCCAUUGCAUUUGGAAUUAUCAGUACCCCACCAAAAAGUCCGAUUAGGAUAUUUAAAAACUUGCGUGUUUGUGGCGAUUGUCAUAAUGCGACUAAGUAUAUAUCUAGAAUUACUGAGAGGGAAAUAAUUGUAAGGGACUCAAACCGUUUCCAUCAUUUUAAAGAUGGGAUAUGUUCAUGCGGUGAUUACUGGUAA